GGUUGGUACAAAGGAUAUUCCUUGAAAAACCGAUGUGUAAAGGGAAUUUUUCCUGCCUCUAUCAUUCACAUCAAACAUGCAACCGUUGAACUCAGAGGAAAACAAGAGAAUAUCAUUUCCACGGAGAUGCCCCUGGUACAAGAAAUCACAACCACCUUGAGGGAGUGGUCGAAUAUCUGGAAACAGCUGUAUGUGGUGAGUAACAAUGUCCACAUCUUCAUACUUGUACACAACCGUGAAUCUUUUGAUAUGGCAGGGUGGUGGCGCAGCGGUAGAGUUGCUGCCUUACAGAGUCAGAGAACCGCAUCCGAUCCUGACUACGGGCGCUGUCUGUACGGAGUUUGUGCGUUCUCCCCGUGACCCGCGUGGGUUUUCUUCACGUUCUUCGGCUUUCCCCCAAUGCUCCAAUGAUGUCCUUUAUUUCUGAGGCUAUGACCUCUGGCCCAAGACUCCACCACUAGUAGAAACAUCCUCUCCACAUCGACUCUAUCCAGGCCUUGGUUGGCACGGGUGAAUCAAGCUGGAAGGCCAAUAUCUGUAAACAUUAACUACAUAUGCACUGUACUGUAUGUUGUGCAUAUGGGUGUGAUAGUUGUCUUAAAAUGUCCCCUCUGCCAAGAAACACGAAAACAGGGAAUCACACGGUGGCGCAGGUUCCUGGUUUCUACAUUUUGUACGCGCACUGCUAAAGUAUCUCAAGGUAUGCUUACUUGGACAGUAGACAAUAGACAAUAGGUGCAGGAGUAGGCCAUUUGGCCCUUCGAGCCAGCACCGCCAUUCAAUGUGAUCAUGGCUGAUCAUCCACAAUCAGUACCCCGUUCCUGCCUUCUCCCCAUAUCCCCUGACUCUGCUAUUUUUAAGAGCCCUAUCUAGCUCUCUCUUGAAAGUAUCCAGAGAACCGGCCUCCACCGGCCUCCACCGCCCUCUGAGGCAGAGAAUUCCACAGACUCACCGCUCUGUGAGAAAAAGUGUUUCCUCGUCUCCGUUCUAAAUGACUUACUCCUUAUUCUUAAACUGUGGCCCCUGGUUCUGGACUCUCCCAACAUUGGGAACAUAUUUCCUGCCUCUAGUGUGUCCAAGCCCUUAAUAAUCUUAUAUCUUUAGGAAAUCU